AUGUCUGAACCAGAGGACAUCUCCCUUGACACGGGGUACAGCACUCCAGUUCCCGAGCUAGACGACCACAGACAUCAGUCGGUCUCAGUGCAGAAGCCUCGAUCCAGACGAGGCACUUUCGAGACUGUGCACAGCGCAAUGGCACGCAAUCCAUUCAAUCCUGACCUUGGCCUUGUCAAUGACGGGUUGCUGCAACCAAGAGCCCGAGAUUUUGAAGAAGUGAUCGUUGACGAAGAGUCCGGAGGCCCUUCCCCGCAAGCUGGCCGAAAUGGCCCGGAUAGGAGCCGCCGCGGGACUGUGACAACUCUUGACCACCGAUCAGUCUCUCCUCCCAACUCUGUGAAAGCUUUUGCCGAUGCUCGGCGUCGUGAGCGUGAGCGUGAGCUCUCCAUCUCUGAACCCAAUUCUGUCAAAGCUUUCGCUGAAGCCCGACGUCACGAGGAUUACGACCUUCAUCGGACUGUAUCAGGAGUCAGUGGUCGAAGCCGUCGCACCCGACGCUAUACAAAUGAUAACGAUGGCAAAAGCUUUGCUCUCUCUAGCAAAUCGGCCGAAGACGAUGUUUGUUUUCCUUUGCAUAACUCUGCAAAUAAGGACGAGCUCCAGAUUGAUUUUGAAGGUCUUGAAGACUUCAUUGCUGAGGAAGAAAGUAGCGCGAAGAAUUCCCCAAUGAAACAGCCUCAACCACGUAUAUUCUAUGAUCUCUCUCAGAAAAUGGGGCAGGACCCGACCAUCUCCGCGGAUGGCGAUGUGGUCUCAGCCGGAUCUCCUUCAGUGAAUGAGAAGAACGAGAAAGAUGAUAGUAGUUUGCGUGAGUUCGAUAUGGAUUAUUCCCAGCCGGACAUCAACAGGUUCGAAUACUUCUCGUCGUUAGGAGAGUCGACUAUUCACGCUGCCGAACUUGGUGGUUUGAUCCUACCCGGGGAAGAUAUCCGCACACUCUUCACGCUUCCUCAGGGUGAGGAUGAGGAUGGUGUCUGGUGGUUGAACAUGAACAAUCCGACAGAUGAAGAGAUACGAGUGAUCUGCAAAGCCUUUGGAGUCCACCCUUUGACCAUUGAGGACAUUGGGACACGGGAAGCACGUGAAAAGAUCGAGCUCUUUCCCUCAUACUAUUUCGCCUGUUUCAGGUCGUUCCAGGUCCAAGAGAUCGACGAUGGGCAGCAGUAUGAACCCUUUAAUAUCUACGUGGUGGUAUUCCGUCAGGGAACUCUUAGUUUCAGCUUCUCGCCCAACCCACAUGCUGGUCACGUCCGAAAGAGGAUCACGAUGCUUAAAGAUUACGUGGCUCUAAGCAGUGACUGGAUAUGCUAUGCUCUGAUUGAUGACAUUGUCGACUCGUUUGCCCCAAUCAUCACCAACAUUGAGCUCGAGACAGAUAUGAUCGAAGACCAAGUGUUCAUUGCGAGGACCCAUGAUAUGCAUGCAUUCCUGCGUAAGAUAGGCAUGGUUCGCAAGAAUGUCAUGGGCCUAAUGAAACUCUUGGGGGGUAAAGCCGAUGUUCUCAAGGGUUUCACUAAACGCUGCAAUGCCAAUUACAAGGUCACACCUCGUAUGGAUAUCGGCCUGUAUCUUGGUGAUAUCCAAGAUCACGUCGUCACCAUGAUGACCAGUUUGGCUCAUUUCGAGAAAAUGCUCUCCCGCUCACACAGUAAUUACCUGGCUCAACUUUCCAUUGACAACAUUACCCAGGGCAACAAUGCGAAUAAGGUCCUCAGCAAGAUCACCCUCUUGGCCUCAAUCUUGGUUCCUCUGAACUUGGUCUGUGGUAUGUUUGGUAUGAAUGUCGAGGUCCCCUGGCGAAAUGUUGACAAUCUUGGACCCUUCUUUGGCAUCCUAGGUGUCCUUAUUCUUUUCGUCAUAAUCUCCCUUGGCAUUGCGAAGAAGUACAAAUACAUAUAA